GCAUCGAAAUCUGGCGUAAGAGGCUGUUUGGGCUUCCAUGUGGCACUGAAGCCAAAAGAACUGAAGAUUUUACGAGUAACUGUCCGCUUAUAGAGCAGCCAUGGGGAAAAAAGGCAAGAAGGAGAAGAAGGUUAAGGGAGCCGAGAAGACAGCUGCCAAAAUGGAGAAAAAGGUUUCAAAAAGGUCCAAACGAGAAGAGGAUGAUUUGGAGGCUCUGAUUGCUGAGUUUCAGAGUCUGGACGCAAAGAAAACCCAGGUUGUCGAGACGACGUGUCCGCCUCCAUCACCGAGAUUGAAUGGAUCCCUCUCUGCACAUCCCGAGAAAGAUGAACUCAUCCUGUUUGGAGGAGAAUUCUUCAAUGGAAAGAAGACGUAUCUGUACAACGAUCUGUUCUUCUACAACAUCAGGAAGAAUACCUGGGUUAAAUCAGAAAUCCCCAACCCUCCUCCACCACGCUGUUCUCAUCAGGCGGUGGUAGUUCCUCAGGGCGGGGGACAGCUCUGGGUGUUUGGUGGAGAGUUUGCCUCUCCAAAUGGGGAACAGUUCUAUCACUACAAGGACCUUUGGGUACUGCACCUUGCUACACACACCUGGGAGAACAUCAAGGCACCGGGCGGUCCAUCGGGCCGCAGUGGACAUCGGAUGGUCCUCAGCAAGAAGCAGCUGCUGGUGUUUGGAGGUUUCCACGAGAGCACCAGGGAUUUUAUCUACUACAAUGAUGUCUACUCUUUCUCCCUGGACACCUUUUCUUGGUCACGCCUCUCUCCAUCAGGCUCCGCCCCCUCCCCGCGCUCUGCCUGUCAGAUGACCUCCACUCCAGACGGCAUGGGUGUCAUCAUCUAUGGGGGAUACUCCAAAGUGAGGGUCAAGAAGGAUGUCGAGAAGGGGACCAUCCACUCUGACAUGUUUCUUUUGAAGCGAGAGGGUAAAGAUGGUCAAGAGAAGUGGUCGUGGUCCAGACUGAACCCUUCUGGCAAUAAGCCCCCUCCUCGCUCUGGUUUCUCCUUGGCGGUGGGCCCAGCUGGGCGGGCGGUGCUGUUUGGUGGGGUUUGUGAUGAGGAAGAGGAAGAGUCGCUGGAGGGCGACUUCUACAAUGACCUGUACUUGUAUGACACAGUGAAAAACCGCUGGUUCCCCGGUGUGCUCAGGGGAAACAAGACAGAGAAGAAGAAACGGCGGAGGGUGAAGAAGGGUGGGGCAGAGGGGGAGGAAGCGGAGAGGGAGGAAGAGGAGGCAGCGGCACCUCAAGGACCCACUGAGAUCAUCAAAGAGAUCGUCACUGAGGACGGAACAGUGAUGACCAUUAAGGAAGUGAUUCCUGGUCCUCAGGUGGAGGAGGAGGAGGAGGAAGAGGAGGAAGAAGAGGAAGAAGAUGGCUCAGCUACGGCCCCGCUCACCGAGCCUUGCCCGAGGUCCAGCGCCAUGGCAACAGUGCGACAAGGCAAGCUCUACCUGUACGGGGGGAUGUUUGAGGUGGGCGACCGCCAGUUCACCCUGAACGACUUCUACUGUCUGGACCUGCACAAGAUGGACCAGUGGGAGGUUCUGGUCGAAAUGGACCCAAAGACACAGGAGUGGCUGGAAGAGUCUGAGUCAGAGGACGAUGAAGAGGAAGAGGAGGAGGCGAAGGGAGCAGAGGGGGAGGAAGAGGAGUCCGAAGAGGAAAGCGAGGACGAGGAAGAUGAAGAAGAGCACCCCGCAGUGCAGGAGGGGGAGACGGUAACGGAUUACCAGAACCGUACAGAGCAGUACUGGAUAGGACUGGCACGUGCCAACAUGGGCUCCGACGCCAAGGACAAGAAAGUUGCCAAGGUCGCCCUCGCCAUGGCUAAAGUCUUCUAUGAAGACCAGUAGCAGGAUACGCAGAAGUGUGUGUGUGUGUGUGUGUGUGUGUGUGUGUGUGUGUGUGUGUGUAAAACGUUUUUCUUUGUAAUGGGUAAACUUUUAUAUAACAUCCAAAAAUGCCUUUUGAACAGUCUGGGAAAAUAAUUCAGUCAUGAAACGAUUACAUUCAUUUUUCACAACGAAAACAGUAACAAAUGCAAAUGACUGAUGGUUUGUAAAGGUCAAAAUUUUCAUUCAUUUGAAAUAAAAUCACUUUAUUCAUUAAUUUCACCAAAGCAUAUUUAAUGCUGACAUGUUAUCGUCUCUGAGUGUAGUGUUAGUUACAGCGAUCCCAGUUGCAACCCCACAAUAGCCGAUGGUUUAGCUAGUACUUUGUACAUCUAACUGGUAAAUGUCAAGUAGGGACAUAUUAUCAUAAUCACUGAGCAACUGCAAGCCGCCUUGCAACCCACCUCCAACUCAGUUGUACUUACUUGGAAUUAGAAUAACUUUAUUUUCCACAGUAGAAAAAAAUUGUCUUUGGUUCACAAAUCAAUUCACAAUAAAAAUGCUGAUAAUAAUCAGCGCACAUUCAUGCAUGCACACACAUAAAGCCUCAAUAAAACUAUAGAAAUAUAACAAAGCAUCUUGUUACUUGGUAUGCUAAUUACAUUUGGCACAAAUUACCCCUUUUACGCCUUUUUAGUAGCUAGAGGCAUCCUAUGACAUCAUCCUCAGGGCGUUAGUUCAGUAUCAGAAUAAAGAUGGUGUUCUUGGUCAACAAUGAUAGACCGAGUUUUUCCUAAAACGGCAGUGUUAUCCGACUCAUCUAAUGUGGUUUGUUGUUUACCAAUGAUUUUUCCAGCAGCUCCGACAAUCCUGUCCAAUUUGUUUCUAUUUGACAGAGUCAGGAAAAUAGGAACAAACAUAAUCAGUGUCAUAGCUGUUACUGAUGACUUAUGUGUUCUGUGCUGGGUCUCUUUCCGCCUUACUGGCCAUGCAUGUGUGGAAAGGCAGGGAGGAUGCAGAAUAAAGCCACGCUGCAAAAAUAUGAAAAACAAUAUACUGACUAAACCUAGAUUGUUGUGUUUAUCCUGGUAACAAACGGUGGCUUCAGCUAACAAAUCCAGCGUACACAGAAGAAAAUUAACAUCCGUUUGGGGGUCAUGUUUAGCUAGCAGAUGGAAUAAAUUAUGAUAGUGAAAAACAAAAUAAGGGCUAAAGGACAUUAAAAACUCUGUAGGCUUAUGGGUGGACUGCAAAGUUGAGUUAUAAUUCUUAGUUUGGCACUACACAGAAAAAACUCCCACAAACUACUGUCGUGUGAUGUGUGGUUAAUGUAAAUUUAAAAAAAAAUCAUCUUUAAAUACACUGCAUCAUAUAUUUUGUGUUUCACUUGCUGGGACCACGUCCUCAUGUAGGUUUGCCAGCAUUUCUAGUUGAUGAUGACAAUGGACUGAGCAUGAAUUGAAGCUGCUGUUUGGAGAAGGCCUCAGAGGGGAAAGGUGGCGGUUCCCGGGAUGGGCAGAUCCCCAUGUACUAAUGACAAGUGAAUGAAUUGAGAGAGGGAGGGGUAAGAAAACAGGAACAAACGGCUUAUAGUGUGUGUUCUGUGGGGGGCUCUGUAUAGACGGAAGCGGUGAGUAUGAGGUGUGGUCCCACUCUUGAAUGUCAGAUAAAUGAUCUCCAAUUUAUUUUCCUCUUGCGAGUCCUCAGUGUUUGUUCAGUUUUUAAUAAA